AAACUAGACCCUCUUUAUAGUCUCAGUUGAGACGACAAACGUUAACAACAUCAAAAUUUUUCGAAUCAUUUUUCAAGUUUUUUUUUUUUUAUAUUUAAUACUUUAUGAAAUAAAAUUUGAAUAUUAAUUUAAAACAAUUAUGGAUAACAAAUUGCCAGCUUUAAUAUCAAAGAGAGAAAAAUAAAUCCCCCUCGAAAAACAAUUACACCUACAUAUCUUAACAUACGGCAAUAUUAAACAAAAAAUAAACAAAAAUUUAUUAAAUUGACAAAAGUAACUCGAGAAAAAUAAAUAAAUAAAAUGCAAUUAUGAAAUUAAUUGUGUGCAACACUGAACAAAAGACUGUUUGCUGCGACUUGCUGCUGCGUGCAAAAUGUGCCAAUUAAAAUAAAAUUAUUAAAAUUAAAAAAUAAAAAUGUGUAAAAAGUAAAGAAUUAAAAAAUAAUAAUAACUACUGAAAAUGCAAUUUGCUUUUGAAUUUCAUAACGGAAGUAGAGGAGAACCACAAUAAUGGUGUGGCAAGGCAUUGCCAUAUUAAAAACGGCUGCAAAUCAUUUUUCAACAAAGUGAUGCUGCAACAAAAUACCAUGGCCAUAAAACAAAAUAAAAUCACACAAAGUGUUGAAUAUAUAAAAAUUUGGAAACAUAUCAAGUGGCGAAAAACAUUAAAAAUUUAAAAAAAAAACUUAAAAAUACACUGAAAGAAAACAAAAAGAAAACUACUAAGUGAAUGAUAAAAUAAAUAUAUAUUUUUAAUAUUUCGUAAAGAAGCAAGCAACGCAUGUAUACAAUAAUUAAAUGUUUAACAUUUAGUUUUAAUUUAAUUAAAUAAAAACACGUUUUAAAGAAAUUCUAAAUUUAAAUAGCGUUUGAAAUUUAAGCAUUUUUUAUAAGUGUGUAAGAACAAAGUGAGAAAUUUUUAUUGUACUUAUUUUUUAACUAUAAAUAAUAGCAUUUUGUGGUAAACUUUUAAUUACUUAAUUUAAGAGUAGGUGCCAUAUUUUUCUAACAUAUCUCCAGCUGCCACAAGGUGUUUUCAGCUAUUAUCUAACAAAAAAAUUCAAAAUAAAAUUUCAAGUUUUUAAAAAUUAAUUACAAAUUCAAAUACGUGUGAUAAGGAAAAAAGGCUAAACAACCACCGAUAAUUUUAUUUGAAAAAAUACCUGGAUUUGCAGAAAUUUUUAAAAGAAAAAUUUUAAUAGCGAGAGCAAAACUAUGACAAUAGCAAAGGAAACGAAUCUUUUGAAUAAAACCAUAGAAAGUGAAAUUUUCAUUAAACCCUUGAAAACCAAAAACAGCAGCAACACUAUGGCUCUUUUAACUAAAAGCCGCAGCAGCAGCAAUGACAAUAUUUUAGCCAAUGGCUGGAGCUUGGGAAAUGGCAACAACAACAACUGCAACGACAUCAAUAAUGAUGAUGAUAAUGAUGGUAUCUGGAAGUCUACAAAACUGCCCCUGGCAGCCACUACAAAAAACCGCCACAAAUAUGACAAACUAUUGCCAAAUACCACAAAGUGUACAAGAGUAAAUAAAACCAAUGGAGCUCAUGAUAAUCAUGAUAAUAAUGAUGUUGAUAUUGCUCCUGGUAAAAAUAUGCAAAAUGGUACAAAUACUAAUAAUAAUAGUAGUAGUAGUAGUCGUCAUCAUAGUAGUCAUAACAAUAGUAGUAGGAGUAGCAAUAGCAGUGGUGGUGAUGAUAAUGAUGGAGGUUUUACUAACAUGUCGUGGCCAACAGCAGAAGCUUUAGCAACAAAAUUAACGCCAUUAGCAUCUUUAGCAACGACCACAACAACAUCAAAUCCUGCAGCUGGCGAAGGGAUAGCAGCACCACAAAAAGCCAUAACAACAGAAAAUGUUAAAAAUGUCAAAACAAGCCGACAUAUGAAACACAAACAGCCACAUGAAGCAAAUAAUCCAACAGCAACAACAACUGCAACUUCAACUACUACAAUAAGUAGCAGUAGCAGUGCGGGGAAUAAUCGUGACUACCCAGCCACUAAUAAUCAUCACAGCGCACAAAAACUGCUAAAACUCCCGCAUAAUAACAAUAAAGUCAGUGGUAGCAGCAGUAGCAACAACAAUAUGCAUUUUAAUAAUAGCAAAUAUUUGGGUAAUGUAUAUAAUGGCUCUAACCAAAGUUCAAGCAACACAAUGCCAACUGCAGCAACUACUACAACAACGUCUACUAUUACAUCCUGCCACAAUACUCCAGCCUAUUUUACAUUAACAACAGCAUCACCCUCCAACUCCUCACAAAACUCUCUAGCAUCCUCUACAACCUGCUCAUCGUUAAAUUCUACUGCAACAACAACAUUAUUGGCAACCACAGCAAUGACACAACAACAAAAUUCAAUAACAUUUGGUGGCUUAUUAGGGCAACAACAACAACAGCAGCCUCUAUUAGCCACAUCAUCAAACGUAUCGAGAUCAAUGGAAUUGCCAACAUUAGCAGCAACAACAACAACGUCGGGUAUGACGGGGGCUACAACUUUAUCCUACAACCAUAAAAGCAACUAUGAAGCUGUCAACAAUAUACAUAACACAUCUAAUACAAAUUCUAACAAUUUGUAUACAAACUCCAACCACCACCAGCAACAACAACACCAACCCUCAACACCGUCUGCCUCUUCCACCUCCUCCUCCAAUUCUUCAUUGUAUAAUAAUCAAUAUUUACGUCAAUCAUUGUUACCCCCCUCCUCCACCUCAACAACAACAACAGGCUCAUCCUCUUCCUCAACGAGUCCUAACUGUAAUUGUUGUAGUAAUUUAAUUGCUCGUUGCUGUUUUGGUUUGCCACAUCUUAAAGCCAUUAAUGUGCGACGUUGCGUUUUAGCUUUAUUUGCCAUUACCGUUGUAACCAUAUUCUAUUAUACUCACUACAUGGAUACUGGUGUUUUUGUGGGUUUAAUACAACGUGAUACCAGACCCACACCAAUUAUCAACUGUCGCAUGGGCAGUGGGAAACAUACGAGAAAUGCAUCGCCAGCACCUGAUCAUCGUACAGAGGCACGUUUACGCAUCGAUCCGAAAGUGUUGGUAUUUGUAGAGACAACGUAUUCAGGAUUGGGACGUGAUAUUGCAGAAUUACUUGUUUACAAUCGAAUAAAGUACAAAAUUGAAGUGGCCGGCAAAAGUCUUCCCUCCUUAACCAACUUGGAUAAGGGACGAUAUGGCGUUAUAGUCUUUGAAAAUCUCGAUAAGUAUUUGCACAUGGACAAAUGGAAUCGAGAACUCUUAGACAAAUACUGUCGCGAAUAUUCCGUAGGCAUUGUGGGUUUCGUAAGUCCAAGUGAGGAGACACUGGUGGCGGCACAACUUAAAGGAUUUCCUCUCUUUGUGCACACAAAUCUAAGACUACGUGAUGCCAGCUUAAAUCCUGCUUCACCUGUAUUGCGUUUAACUAGGGCUGGAGAAACAGCUUGGGGUGCUUUACCCGGUGAUGAUUGGACAGUUUUUCAACAUAAUCAUUCCACAUAUGAGCCCGUCGAAUGGGCGCAGCGUAAUAGUCAAGAUUAUCCUUCAGAUGCUGGCGGACAAGUCCAUUUGCCUUUAUCUACCGUCCUACAAGAUCAUGGUCAAUAUGAUGGCAUAAAGCGUAUAUUCUUUGGCAGUAGUUUGAAAUUUUGGCUUCAUCGCUUACUGUUUUUAGAUGCUCUAUCCUAUUUAAGUCACGGUCAAUUAAGUUUGAAUUUGGAGCGUAUGAUCUUGGUGGAUAUUGAUGAUAUAUUUGUGGGUGAAAAAGGCACUCGUCUUAGGCCCGAUGAUGUAAGAGCUUUGGUGGCUACUCAAAAAAUUAUAGCUGGUAUGGUGCCUGGUUUUCGCUUCAAUUUAGGCUUCUCAGGGAAAUACUAUCAUCAUGGUACUAGAGAGGAAAAUCUGGGUGAUGAUUUUCUACUGCAAAAUGUUCAGGAAUUCAAUUGGUUUUCACACAUGUGGAAACAUCAACAACCGCAUUUGUAUGAUAAUGUCACACUACUCAUGUCGGAGAUGCAACUUAAUCAUGCCUUUGCCGUGGAACACAACAUACCCACGGACUCAGGUUACUCUAUAUCGCCACAUCAUUCAGGUGUCUAUCCCGCCCAUGAAAUACUAUAUGAAGCCUGGAAGAAAGUUUGGCAUAUAAAGGUGACCUCAACAGAGGAAUAUCCACAUUUAAGACCGGCCCGCUUAAGAAGAGGUUUCAUACAUCGCAACAUAAUGGUGCUGCCGCGUCAGACAUGUGGUCUCUUUACACACACCAUGUACAUAGAUCGUUAUCCCGGUGGUAGAGAUAAACUAGAUGAAUCCAUUCAAGGUGGUGAGCUGUUCCAGACUAUAGUCUAUAAUCCUAUAAAUAUAUUUAUGACACACAUGUCCAACUAUGGUUCCGAUCGUUUGGCUCUGUACACCUUUCAGUCGGUGAUUAAAUUUCUGCAAUGUUGGACCAAUCUCAAAUUGGCCUCAGCGCCACCCAUCCAACUGGCCGAAAUGUACUUUCGUCUACAUCCCGAAGAGGUAGAUCCCAUUUGGGGUAAUCCCUGCGAUGAUCCUAGACAUCGUAAGAUCUGGUCGAAAACCAAAAGUUGUGAUUCCCUGCCAAAAUUCUUAGUUAUUGGUCCACAAAAAACUGGCACCACCGCUUUGUAUACAUUCCUCUCAAUGCACUCGGGCAUUGUUAGUAACAUACCCAGUCCGGAUACCUACGAAGAGGUUCAAUUCUUUAACGGCAAUAAUUACUAUAAAGGCCUUGAUUGGUAUAUGGACUUCUUUCCCGCCGAAGUGAAUACCACUGUAGCACCCAAUUCCAGUCCACGUUAUAUCUUCGAAAAGAGUGCCACCUAUUUUGAUGGCGAAAUGGUGCCAAAACGGGCUCAUGCUUUACUGCCACAUUCGAAAAUUGUAACGAUUUUAAUAUCACCAGCUAAAAGAGCCUAUUCAUGGUAUCAGCAUCAGAGGGCACACGGUGAUACUAUUGCAAAUAAUUAUAGUUUUUAUCAGGUCAUAACGGCAUCUGAUUCGGCACCAAAAGCACUCAGGGAUUUGCGUAAUCGUUGCCUUAAUCCUGGCAAAUACGCACAACAUUUGGAACGUUGGCUAUCGUAUUAUCCUGCCCAACAGUUGCACAUCAUUGACGGUGAGCAAUUGCGUCUCAAUCCAGUGGAUGUGAUGAAUGACCUGCAACGUUUUUUGAAAAUACAACCGGCCUUUGACUAUUCCAAUCAAUUGCGUUACGAUGUGAAGAAGGGUUUCUUUUGUCAGGUGGUGAAUGAAAAACGCAAUAAAUGUUUGGGCAAAUCAAAGGGUCGUCAAUAUCCGCCCAUGGAUGAACGUAGUGCUAAAUUGUUACAAAGAUAUUAUUUAAGUCAUAAUACAGCUUUAGUAAAACUUUUAAAGAAACUCGGAGCACGUCCUAUUCCACAGUGGCUUAAAGAUGACCUGUCAACGGGUACGUGAUAGCAGCAGCACAAGUUACGUAAAUUGCGUGCAAGAUUGAGAAAACAAUUGCAACGAUUGUUAAUCUUUAAACCAACAUCAUUACAACUAAAACAGCAACAACAACAAAAAUCACUUGAAGAAAUUCACGAAAUUCAUCAACAAAAGUCACACAAUCACCAUAACAA